AGCUUAUGACUGUGACGUGUUGACAAAUAAGCAAAUGACAGAAGUCAUCAGUUGAAUGCAGAGGUUGAAUGAUUAUAAAAUUUUUAAUUUGAUUAGAGAUUAGAGCCAUUAAAUUUAUUAAAAGAAGAUAUUAUAAUUGGACCUUCAAAAGAAUUUGAAAAUUGGUGCGAUGGAGCUUGAAGAACAGGAGAUACACCACAGCUCCAAUAUUGUAUCCCCAGUUAUUCAAAUCUUCGAAAAUUAUGGAUGGUACAUUCUUUUCACAACUAUUGGAUGCGCAUAUGUUUACCAAAACUACUUGAAGCCUCAUAUAGAUAAAUUUAUGCAGAAAAAGGAGGAGGAAGCAUAUUCAGCAAAGUAUCAUAAAGAUCCUGAUGUACUUGUAUCAAGAUUAACAGCACAAGAAAGAAGAACCAAUGAAUUGCAAGAGAAAUAUAAGAGAGAAGCAGAAGAGUACAAAAAGAAGAUGGAAGAGAGAGAAGCAAAGAAAAAAGAGGCCCAACUAGAAAAACUUGGGAAUGAGGGAGGCAAGAAGCUAGGAUCUGAUAAGAAGUCUUUCAGGCCAGAAUAUAAUCCAUUGAUGGGGAGUGGCAGUGUCUCAUCUUACAGACCACCAAGGAGAAGUGCUUGCAGUGGAGGUGGUUGUGGUUAAAAAAAAAAUGUUAUUAAAAUAUUUAUUAUUCACACCUUCUCUACUGUAUAUGAUAUUGGAAUAACUCUUGGCUUUAUUCUAAUCAACACGUUAUUUUUUAUUUUAAAUGCGCAAUCUCUAUACUUCAUGGUUUACAUAAUCACAAAAUGCUACAAAUUUGAUAUUUGUACUUUGGUUUUGUUGGAAUUAAUAAAUGGAACAUAAUUAUGAUCUGUGAUUAAUAUAGGGCAAAAAUAAACAUGCAUAUUUUAAUGACA